AUGGAAAUAAAUAGAAACGAUGUGAUAAAGUUGAUUUUAUAAUUUUUACAGGAGAAUGGAUUCAAAAAAUCGCAAGAGGAAUUGCAAAAAGAAAGUGGAAUCUGUUUAAAUUUGGUUGAUUCGAAAUAAAAUCUUAAGAAAGACAUCAUAGAUGGAAAAUGGGACUAAGUGCUGAAUUAGAUUAAGUUGUUCAAUUUUACGGGUGAUACAUUAUUAGAUCUUUACGAAUUGAUAGUCUAAGAGUUAGUGGAAGUAAAUGAGACACAAUCAGCGCAUUAAUUUUUUCUUCAAAUGAUUGUUCCAAGUCUGCAGGAAUACAAAGAGAGACUCCUAAAAUUGGAUUACUUAAUAAGAAAACCUGGUAAAUUGAGUAUGAAUGAGAUUUACAAUGAUAAUUUGAGUAAGGAAUAAAGAAGAAGCAAGGUGGCUGAUAGAGUGAUUAGUGAAUGCAUAGAGGCUCCGGCUUGUAGAUUGUUGGAAUUGAUUGGUGAUAGUUUAAGACAUUUAAAUGCGAAUAAAAUAAUCACGAAUAACAAAUAUGACUUAUUUAUGGGUUUAGGAUAGUCAGAGCAAAAAGUGACUCAAAUUAGUAGAAUAGAGAAGGUAAUUAAAUAUUCAGAGAAGAUGAGAGUUAAUUGUGCGACAUUUACUCCUGAUGGACAAAACCUUAUUACAGGAUCUAUAGAUGGAAUUAUUGAGGUUUGGGAUCCCACUAAAUACUCAGUCAGAAAUGAUAUAGAAUAUUAAGUGAACGAUCAAUAUAUGAUGCAUAAUAAUUGCAUAAUUAAUUUAAGUGCUAAUAAUGAAUUGCUAGUUAGUUUGGAUAAUAAUGGAUAAGUAAAAGUUUGGAAAUUGAAGACUGGUAAGUGUCUAAAGAUAAUUGAAAGUACACAUCCUAAAUAAAUUGCAAGUGUGUUAUUAGGUAAGGAUCCUUAAUAGAUCUUCAUUGCAUCUGAUUACAUCUAAUUAUUCGCACUUAAGAGUGGAAUCACUUAGAAAUAGUAUAGGGGACAUAGUGGAUUGAUUUAAUCAAUGUUCUAGAGUUCAGAAGGUUCCAGAAUAUACAGUGGUGCUUUGGAUCAAUAUUUUAAAGUGUGGGAUACUCAUUCUGGAGAAUAGAUUUACAGUCUGAAAUUAGAGACAGCAUUGGAGAAGAUAUUUUACAUUCAAGGAUCUGUUCUGUUAUGCCCAAGAGGAAAAUAAAUGGUUUUAUUGAAUAGCAAUUUCUAAGAGGUUAAGAGAUAUCAUUCUGAAUCUGAAUUGAUUAGUUGCGUGGCUUAAGGUGAUUUUGCUUAUGGUUUAGGAUAGGGGUAAUUAUAUAGUUAUGAGGUUAAAUCAGGAAUUGGGUUGAAACUACUUAAAUUGCCAAGUGAGAAUAUGCAAGAUAUAUGCAUAGGACAGAAUGUAAUAUUUUGCUAUUCACAGAAUGGUCAUCUAAUAUUUAUACAAUGA